AUGGCAAACGAAACUCCUUGUUCAGCCUGCACCUGGAGUCCUGAUCGCCAGAGCUACUGCAGAUACAAAAGCCAUGUGCACAUAUUCUAUGAAGCAAGCGACCGCGGUGUUUGGUCCCUCGGGUCAAAAUAUAUCCUGAAAGAACGGUCAUCCAAGCCGCCCAGCUACGAGUCUGUCAAUACCCGCUUCGUGAAAGAGAACACCACAAUACCCAUACCUUCGCUACUGAAGGACUGGAAUGAUGAGGAUGGACGAUACUUUCUCAUAGCGGAGAGAGUACCAGGCGAAACACUCGAGAAAGUCUGGCCCCAGAUGUCUACCCCAGCGAAAGAACGUCUUGCUCAACAAACCGCCGAGUAUCUCAAACAGCUCCGCCAGCUCCAUUCAUCCAAAAUCCAGAGUGUGCAUGGUCAGCCAGUUUAUGGUGGUCUUUUGUUUCCCGGCUAUGGACCUAAUGGCCAUGAAGUGCCUCAUGGGCCUCUCUCGUCUGACGAGCAACUCUUCAAUGAGAUGACACCAGCUUUGAGGAACCUACCCGAUGUCGCUCGUGCGCACCUACGGGAGAAAAUGCCUUCCGCACAGCCAUACACCUUUACCGAUGGCGAUUUGACCAUUUGCAAUAUUAUGGUAGACCCAGAUACUCACACGCUCACGGCAAUCAUCGACUGGGAAAAUGCUGGCUACUUUCCUAUCUGGUGGGAGUUUGCUCAUGCAGGCAUUGCUUAUAGCGAUGAUGACAAGGAAUGGAAAGACCUUCUGAGAAGCUACAUGCCCGACCACUCUGCUGGGCGGGAGUUCUGGAGGGAUAUACAGGCUUUGGCGCGGACUUUUCCCUCGCUGGUAGAUAGACGCCGAGAACUUCUUCGAGAAUGUGGCAUUAAAGCAGAUGAUUCAUCUCAGGAGAAAGCCAAGUCUUGA